CAGUCCUCCCAGAAGCGAGCGCGCGCAGGCCGGCGGCCGGAGCAAUGGACCUGGGCGCGGGCCGGACCCUUCCCCGCGCCCAGGCUCGGGCUCUGCCGCCGGCGCCGGAAGCGAGGCCGCCGGCGGGCUCGGAGGAGGAGCUCUACGACUGCCUGGACUACUACUACCUGCGCGACUUCCCGGCCUGCGGGGCCGGGCGCAGCAAGGGCCGGACGCGGCGCGAGCGGGAGCUGCGCACCAACCGGCCGGUGCCCGGCGGCCACGAGCGCAAGAUCGCGCAGAAGCUCCUCAACGGCCAGCGCAAGCGGCGCCAACGCCAGCUGCAGCCCCGGCCGCGCACUCGCCUCGCCUGAGCGCCGGAUACCCAAAGGACCUGAUAAAAGUCCUCUGACUCCAGCUGUAACUGGUCCUGAGAUAGAGGAUCCAUGUUGGUCAACAGAACUUCUUUUCAACAUGGCUUAAGUUUACUAGGCCAGUAUCUCUUCCUUACCAAUUGAUUGUUGAUUAAGUAGUGUGUAUGGCUUUUUAGGAUUUUUAAUUAAAUUAAAGCAGCAAGAAUGGCUUCUUAA